CCGGAGGUCCCCUCCCGCUUGAUUUCCUCCCCCGUGGGUGGAGGCCCUGAGGAGAGCAGAGUCCCUCCGUCCAGCGCCGUCAGCCGCGUGUCUACUGCAUCUUCGGGUUCGCUGAUCUCCACCCCGCUUGGGCCUGCACCCCCAGCAUGUUGUUGAGCUUGAAUGAGUGGCUGUGGCAGGAGAGGUUCUGGUUACCACCCAACAACACAUGGGCAGAGCUGGAGGACCGAGAUGGCCUGGUGUUCGCCCACCCUCACCACAUGCUUGCUGCCUUGCCAAUGGCUCUGGUCUUGGUGGCUCUCCGCAUCACCUUUGAGAGAUUUGUGGCCUUGCCGCUGAGCCGGUGGAUGGGUAUACGGGAUCAAAUCAGGAGGCAGAUAAAGCCCAACCCAGUGCUGGAGAAAUACUUCCUCAGGAUGGGGCAGAGACCCGUGGAGACCCAGAUGGUCCUCCUGGCUGCCCAGUGCGGUCUCACACUGCGACAGACUCAGCGCUGGUUCAGGAGACGUCGGAACCAGGAUCGGCCUCGCUUGUCCAAGAAAUUCUGUGAAGCCAGCUGGAGGUUUGUCUUCUACCUGUGUUCCUUCGUGGGUGGCAUCUCUAUCCUCUACCAUGAGCCAUGGUUGUGGACAGUGGCAUUGUGCUGGGAAAAUUAUCCAUACCAGACCCUGAAUGUGGCCCUGUACUGGUGGUACCUCAUGGAACUGGGCUUCUACAUUUCACUGCUAAUCACUUUGCCCUUUGACAUCAAACGCAAGGACUUCAAGGAGCAGGUGGUGCACCACUUUGUGACCGUGGGGCUGAUAGCCUUCUCCUACAGCUCCAACUUGUUGCGCAUUGGCUCUGUGGUACUGCUGCUGCAUGAUUGCUGCGACUACCUGCUGGAGGCUUGUAAGAUGUUCAACUACACCCGCUCUCGGCGAGUGUGCAACGCUCUCUUCAUCAUCUUCUCCUUAGUCUUCUUCUACACUCGCCUCAUAUUCUUCCCCACUCAGGUCAUCUACUCUACUCUGUUUGACUCCAUCAAGAGCUCAGGCCCCUUCUUUGGGUACUACUACUUUAAUGUGCUCCUGGUGAUGCUGCAGAUUCUUCAUGUGUACUGGUUCUACCUUAUCCUGCGAAUGAUCUGCAGUUUCCUGAUGAAGGGUCAGAUGGGAAAGGACAUCCGUAGUGAUGUGGAAGAAUCAGACUCCAGCGAUGACGAGGCAGUUCCUGAAGGUCCCCAGCUGAAGAAUGGGAAGGCUCGAGGGUCGGGACCAGCCAUCGCCAAUGGCCCUCGGAGCCGGGCAGCUGGGCGCCUGGCCAAUGGGCAUACCCAAGCCACAUAACAACCUAGGACUGACAUUGUGGGGUUUUCUCCAGCAUUGUGGAUAUCUGGAUGCUGGGCUGGUGACCCUGGGAGACAGGGAGGCCCUCCCCGAGGUAGGAAGAGGACUGAUGAUCUGUUUCCAGCACUUCCCUCCUGUCUCUUCUCCCUUUAUCCCUUUGAGCAACUGGACAGAGCCUGGGGGAGCAGUGGACUCUGCAUCUGGCCAGAGCCACCUUCAGGCUGUAGCCUGGGGGCUGUGAAGAACCUCGGCUUUAAGGACCAAUAAAAUUUCAACAGAGAUGAA